AUUCAGUUUAUGGUGAUCACGAAAAUGCUGAGGUUGUCUACAGUAUGUCAACUGUACAUAGUCUACAUUUCAAUCUGCUGCAUACUAUACUGUCAAACUCUAGUUCCAGCGCCGGCUAAACGACAUUCCACAGGGAUAUACCAUCAUCUUGUUGAAAAGUUAACUUAUGACAAUCCACAUGGAAAUUGUUACAUACUCAUAGAUGCAUUGCGAAGAUUUGAACGACGUCUUCUAUUAUCACGUCAAUAUCCUAUUGAAAAGGUUACACUGUCGAAUAAAACAAUCACUAUAAUCAAAAUUCAAAUAAAUAAAAUCUGUGAUGAAUCACAUAACAGACUAUGGCCAUCUGCAUCAAUGAAUGAGUCGUAUUCAUUGUUGAUACUUGGUGAGAAGAUUGUAAUUGACUCUGAAGAAGUAUGGGGAAUAUUACACGGAUUAGAGACAAUACUUCAGUUAGUUUAUCGAAGUCCAAUGGAGACGAAUGUGAUUGAAGGGGGUACAUUAUCUGACGCUCCAUUAUAUCCACACAGAGGAUACCUAAUCGACAGUUCAAGGCAUUAUUUAUCAACAAUUGAAAUAAGAAAAUUUAUUGAUGCCAUGGCAAUGGUGAAGAUGAAUGUCCUCCAUUGGCAUAUUGUCGACGACCAAUCAUUUCCAUAUGUAUCAAAAACGUUUCCACAACUGUCACUGAAGGGUGCAUAUCAUCCACAUCUUUUAGUCUAUACACCAAGUGAUGUCAACUACAUACUGAACUAUGCUCGUUUACGUGGAAUACGUGUUAUGCCGGAAUUUGAUACUCCAGGUCAUGUAGCUUCCUGGGGUAAAGGAUAUCCAGAGGUGUUAACACCGUGUUAUACAGAUCAAAAACCAAAUUCUCGUCUUGGUCCAAUCAAUCCAGUCAGUAAUUACUCUUAUAAAUUCAUGUCUGAUCUAUACGAGGAGUUGCUGGAUGUAUUCCCUGAAAACUUGUUCCAUUUAGGCGGUGAUGAAGUAGAUUAUAAUUGCUGGAUGACAAAUCCUUCAAUUAGUGAAUUUAUGAAGAAGAUGCAAUUCGGGGAUGAUUAUCGUCAUCUGGAAGGAUAUUACAUUAAAAGUUUAAUACAGACUAUUAAAGAUAUUAAACCACACGGACAAAGAAUUACACCAGUUGUAUGGCAAGAGAUAUUUGAGAAUGGAUUCCGAGGUGAUAAAUCAACUAUAGUUCAUGUAUGGAAGGAUAACAAUUGGCAAAAUGUAGUGAAAAAUGCAACACAAGCAGGUUAUAGAGUUUUGUUCUCUGCUGCUUGGUAUUUGAAUCUAAUAUCGUAUGGUGAUGACUGGAAAAAUUACUAUCUCGUCAAUCCAAGAAAUUUUGGAGGGAGCAAAGAAGACGAGAAGCUUGUUAUCGGUGGGGAAGCAGCUAUGUGGGGCGAAUAUGUUGACAAUACAAAUUUAUUCAGUCGAUCAUGGCCUCGUGGUGCAGCAGUAGCGGAACGACUAUGGACAGAAUAUGAUAAACCUGACGUAAUAGAAUUUGUUCCAAGAGUAGAAGAACUCCGAUGUCGAAUGCUCAGUCGUGGCUGGAAUCCGGAACCAAUCAACGGACCAGGAUACUGUCCUGUAUGAUCAACUACCAUUUUUGUAUCGUCUAUUUUCUUCGAAAAUUCGAUUAUUUCCUCCCUAUCCCCCGUUUUUAUAAACAUUUCCUUCAUUGGUUUUCCAUGCAUUCACUGUUACCGAUAUUAUUUUGAUAAUUGAAUUAUAAAUAUGAAUAUUUUUACUGUUGAACAACAAUAUUUAUUGCAGGCGUUGAUUUUAUCCUUACUUCUGAAUUGUUAUACAAGCUGAUUUGAUGAGUGAUCAAAACAAAAUUAAAAUAAAAUGUUAACAGUUUAA